CCAGGGCGGCGGGAGCGGGCGCGGCCAUGGCCGCCCGGCGCGGCGAGCGGGACCCGCCGGACGCGCUGCAGAACCGCCGGCAGGCCGAGCGGGCCCGCAAGGAGCGCCGCUGGCAGCUGCUCUUCACGCAGUACACCGUGAACCCCCUCCGGCCCGUUCACAUGGUUGCUAGGAAGCCAAUGUCUUGGCAUGAGAACAUACAGGAGCCAAUAGAUGAUGAAUUCCUGAAUCUUCUUCACCGUGCAGCAGUGGUGCCAAGAGAGAAAUACUCAGAGCCACAAACUGAAAGCCAAGAAAUUGGCUGGCAUACAACACCUUUGGUUCCUUUCGACCACAGUGAUACCAGAUUCUACUUCCCACGCCAGAAAACUGAGAUUACCAUCCAUGGCUACCCUGCACGGGGAGAGAAGUCUAAAGACUAGGGGGAAAGCCACAGAUAGAAUGUUAAUGACAUCUAACGUGUUAGGUCCUGUUCAUUAUCUAGCAAGUCUGGCAGAUUGCCAGUGAGAGACAAGAGAACUUUAACCUGUCCAGAUUUACAACCUGACAACAGUGACACAAAUAAACCUAUCUGUAAGGCUCUGUA